AUGAACGAGAAGUGGAAGAGGAUGACUCUUCCGACCCUUAAAACAACACCGCCAGUACCAAUUCCUAACGAUGGGGGCAAGGGAUUCGACAAUGGCGAUGGAAAGAAACCUCGCGUCUUCGCUAAAGCGCUUCGUUCGCUCAGCAAUUCCUCCAUGGAGUCCAUGUCGCAUAGCCCGUCCCGAAGCUCUUCCUCAAUACGGCGCCUACAAAAGACCAAUUCUGGCUCGGGGUCCAUGAUCGAUAGAAUACACCGUCGAGUAUCAAUAGCCUCGCCAAUGAGCGCGUCCGCUCCCGAAUUCCCUGUGGUUUCUCCUGAAGUUCCUUACUCGUCAAUGGAACUUAUUCAAUCUGGACCACUCAAAACUGAUGUCACGCUCCUGAAAGCCCGUGCCGAGUAUCUGGUUCUAACGGACGCCUGUUUGAUAAAAUUUGGUGGCGUAGAAGGCGCAAAGGCUGCUUUUCCCCAGAUUAGGACGGGAGAUGGAACAUUGAAACCGAGCAACUCGCAUAGCAACACAAGCAAGUCCUCUUCCGAUGUACGCAUGGAAAUUCCUUUGCGUUCAAUUGUUGGGGUUUUCAAUGAAGAAGGCUCCAGUCCUCGAUUUGGCAUCGAAGUUUGGUGGUUCUCCCAAUGGCCUAAGCUGGCCUACUCCAAGGCUCAUUUGUUCUUCAUGUUACCCAAGGAUCGUGAUGACUGGCUAGCGAAUAUUCAACGAGCUUGCAGAGUGAGCCAUAGACGAUCUCCGUCCCCAUCCCUAAUACCAGGCAAUCUGAAAGCGAGAGUCAAUCACAUCGUGGAAAAUACAGAACCCGAUUCGAACCCGACUACCUCGAAAAUAUUGACAUUUCCUGUGGUCAAACGCACAGUUGGUGCAUCCCAGAAGUCCAGUUCCAGUGACGAUUCUCAGCACUUCUCGGAUGGAUCUUCAUUUUACAUUGUUAUUGGACCAGCUAUGUUGUACUUUCUGGAGGUUCUCAAGGCGGAAUAUACAACUGCGCCUGGUGACCUGCGUGUGAAGGUCCAAUCCUACGGCACCGUCUCGCUCAUACGGUUCCGGGCAUCUGUUGCCUCACAUGAGCAACGGUUUGUGAUGAGCUUUCGAUUACCGCUUGGACGUGAAAACAGACUCGAGCUUGCCAGUGUGCACUACCGGCAUGUUAUCGAGGCCAUGACCAAAGUAGAUCGAGAGCUGAAGCCCAUGUGGCCACAGCAUUUACAGAAGGCUAUUUUCGAUAUCAAGGGACUUCCGCCGCCACUUCAAUUGACCUCUGGGAACGAUCUAGGAGGCCUCGAACGAAGCCUUCACGCCUAUUGUGCCGCGUUUAAGGUUCAGGUUCCAAGUUGGACCAUUGAAUGGAACACACCCUCCCAGCCAGCCUUCCGCCUUCUGCCACCCGCCAGCCAGCCAUAUUCUACUCUGCAAUUACUUGCACUAUUCCGGGCUCUCCGUUACAACAGCUAUUUCAAAGAGCUGUCCUUCCGUAACAUUGAUUUAUCCGGUCUUGCCGGAAAGAAGGACUAUUCACACUUUGGAGAUACUAUUGCUUACACAUCACUAAACGGUGUCAAAAUUUCUGAAGAGCAUUAUGAUCUCCUCAUGCAAUCUUCUGUCCUCAGUCAGGAGAUUCAUGCCCUGGCUUUCUCAUCGGAAUCCAUACGAAGUAUGGAUCUGAGGAAUAUUUUGGGCCCGCGAAGCAUCGUUGGUCGCUCCAAGGACCCUGAAGGUGUCCGCAGAGUCAGUUCAGAGGUUUUGCGACCUAUCCUGCUCUUACUAAAACGCCAAGCAUGUCUCUGUCACAGCAUCACCAUGUCUGGCAACCUCAUUGCACCGAACGACAUUGAGGAACUUGCCAAUCUUCUCGUUCUUGAUGAAGUUUACAUGAAGAAGCUUGACUUUUCCAACUGUGGAUUGGGCGAUGAGGGUCUCACCACUCUCUGGACAGGCAUUCCGGGCCAGGGUGCCAAUCUACAACAUAUCGACACUUCCGAGAACCAGGGCACAGUCAAGUUCGAGAUCAUUCGUGACUCUCUCAGUCAACUUCAGGCUAUAAGGAAGCUGAAUAUUGCUGGCAACACCCGAAUCCCAUACAAUGUCCCAUUAUUUGAAGACUAUGUGCUGAAUUCCUGGCGUCUAGAGGAACUCGACCUGUCCGGAAUUGCUCUAAAUGGUCCGACCGUCGACAUCUUGACUGGAUAUUUGGCAUCACAGAACUCAGAAAGCCUCCGAGUUCUUCGGUUGAGCAAAUGUGGCCUAACGGGUGCCCAAAUUGCACAGAUGUUCUAUGCAAUGGGCCCAGGUAGACAAAUCACACUUUACAUCAACAGCAAUCGUCUAGACGAGGGUAUUGACGAUUUGUGUGCUGUUAUUACCGAAUGCUAUGGGCCUUGGGGUCUCUUCGUACAGAUGGUUGAGUUUGCUUUGGAGGCCAAUUAUAUCAAACUUCUAAAGGCGUUGACAGCCAACCAGACAAUCGAGUGCUUGAGUCUUGCCGGAACCGCUACCCCUGACUCGGCCAGCGAGACGGCUUGCAAAGCGCUCUCAAAUCUCUUCUCACAGAAUCACACAAUCAGGUUCCUUGACCUUUCUGGGUUCGAUGCGAAGUUAGACGAGGGGCGUCUUGGACGAGGGUUUUCCAAAUCACUUGCUGGCCUUCGAUUCAAUACUCGACUGGAACAUCUGCGCGUACGAAGUCAGAUGCUGAACGUCAAUAUUGGAGACCUGGCUGAAGCCAUCUCUGCUAAUAAAACACUCCACAGCUUGGACUGUGAAGGAAACGAUUUCAAUCUCUCUAAUUUUAGACAUCUCGUACGACACUUGAGUGACAGUACGACGAUUCGCUAUUUUUCAGCCUUCUCGGAUCGCGAUCUUGCCCUGACUAUUCAAAAGUCUGUGGAUAGCGCCGUGGCGACUGCAACAACCUCGGUGCGUAGGCAAUCCAUGAUGUCUAAGCUGCGACACGAGAAGGUUCCGCAGAGCGUCAGUGAGCCCUUGGCGCAGCAACUGCGAGAUGGAUGGGAAGACGCCGUCCACACACAACAAGAGGUUUUAGAACGCAACCGAUUGUUAUUCGAGGAGGGUGAAGAUGGCCGCUUCGACUCAGGGGAGGGAUACAUGGUUUGCGAUGGUGAAGAGGACUUCUCCAAAGCAUUUGGUGGAUUGGCGCUUCGAGCCUUUGAAUCCAAGAGAGCGUUAAACCGCCGCGCGUCCAACCCUUACUUGGGCAACAAGAGAGCAAGCAUGAUCUCAUUGGGUCCAGCUCGCCUCGUCAGCGCAGAGCCCGGUGCCAGAGUUACAAGAUCUUGGUCAAGAUCGUACUCCAUCGUCUCGAGUGAAGGGGGCAUUAGUGCAGCGGAGAGCCCAAGCACGGGCUCAGCAAUUCCUACUCCCCCUGAGCCUGACAGUCCAAUCGAUAAAGAAUAUCUUGUUGGGCACCAGCAAAACGGGCAUGAUGAUGGCCUCGAUUACGAGUACAGCUUUGCAGACCCUCAUGAUACUGAGUUCGGACUAGAACUACGAGCUCAUCGACGAUUCUGGAGUGAUGAGGCUGGGUGCAUCGAGGAAGAGGAGCAUGGGGUGCAGUUUGACGAACGGCACACGAGCUUCCGCGCUCCGGAUACUGUCUUCGGUUCCUCGCAACCCCCGAAUUUAGCGCCUCCUCGCAACCCCCGAACGAGAUCUUGCGGCAAUAGCCAGCGACCUGGCCAGCAGCAGCAGCAGUAUGGCGGGGGAUCUUUUGGUAAUAUGGGCGCUGGCCAGCAGCAACCCGGUCAGCAACCCAGUCCCUUUGCGCCUCAACCCACAGGCUUCGGACAAGCUCCUUUGCAGCAACAGUAUACCGGCUUUCCAAUGCAAGGCCAGGGACUACAACCGCAGCAGCCUCUUCAGCAACAGUUCACUGGGUUCCCUGGCCAGCAGCAGCAACAACCUCAGCAGCAGCAGUCCUUCCAGACUGGUGCUCCUGCGAUGCCCUCAAUCCCACCCCAGUUCCAGCAGCAAUUCCAACAGCAACAGCAGCAGCCUACAGGCUUCUCUGCCUCGCCUCAGCAAGCAUCUGGGCCUUCCAAUCCCCCUGCAGUGCCAAUGAAGCCCCAAGCUACUGGCUUCACUGAGAUGGCUGCGUCCUUUCAGACAGGUGGUACUGCGAAGCCAAGAGGUCGAAGACCAGAAAAGCCGCAGCCUAACAAGAUCCCUAACAUCCGUCUCUCUUUCAUAACAGCGCAGGAUCAAGCCAAGUUUGAAACCUUGUUCAAGUCCGCUGUUGGUGAUGGUGGAAUGACCAUGUCGGGAGAGAAGGCGCGCGAUUUGCUCAUGCGCUCAAGACUCGAUGGCGACUCUCUAUCCCACAUCUGGACUCUUGCCGAUACCACACGUGCUGGCCAGCUCUAUUUCCCCGAAUUUGCUCUCGCCAUGUACCUGUGCAACUUGAAGCUUACCGGCAAGCAGUUGCCGCCCAGCCUACCCGACAACAUCAAGAACGAGGUUUCGAGCAUGGUCGAUAUCAUUAGCUUCAGUGUUGCCGACGAUGCCGCUGCUUCGGGCGGUGCUUCCUCCACCCCUGAUAUCAGGACCAAUACGGCGACUCCCCCGACUAUUCAGCAACCUCAACCUCAGCAGCCCCCGCCUCAACCCCAAGCUUCCAAUGCGCAGUUGCUUCAAGCGCAAAUGACGGGGUUCCCUGGGCAGCAGACAGGAUUUGGACAACAGCAGGGUCUGCAGAGCCAGCAAACUGGUUUUCCCGGAAUGCAAAACCCCCAACCUACCGGAUACAGCGGUCCCCGACCUCCCAUGCCUCCUAUGCCCACAGGUUACGGUCAAUCGCUGACUCCUGGUUCUGCGGGUGGUAUUGCAGCUCCUCUGAAUGCCCAGCCUACCGGGCGACCUGGUCAAUGGGGCCUUGUCAAUGCGCCUGCGACCGGCCUGCCCAACAUUGAUGCUCUCCAGGCUCAGAUGAUGCCUCAACAAGGUCGCGAAGCCGGAAACUUCACUACUCAGGGUCUUCAAGGAAACGCCGUGAUUCCCUGGGCAAUUACAAAGGAAGAGAAGACCCGUUACGACUCACUUUUCAAGGCUUGGGAUGGUCUUGGCAAGGGCUACAUAGGCGGCGAUCAGGCCAUUGAAAUCUUUGGACAAAGUGGUCUCGAGAAACCUGACCUGGAACGCGUUUGGACUUUGGCCGAUCACGGCAACAAGGGUCGCCUGGAUCUCGAUGAAUUCGCUGUCGCCAUGCAUUUGAUCUACAGAAAGCUCAACGGUUAUCCUUUGCCCAACAAUCUCCCUGCCGAACUUGUUCCUCCUUCGACCCGCAACUUCAGCAAGUCGAUCGGUACUUUGAAGUCAAUGCUCCACGAUGAGUCUGAGUUCCGCACCAAGUCCGGCGCGGCUCUGCUGCCUCAGAAGACAGGUGUGAGUUACAUGAAGAACCGCUCACUUAGGGGUGCGCCCGCUGGAGCCGUCGCUGGCCGAAAGGAUGCCACGGUCUUCAAGAAUGAAGAUGAGCAGUUUGGUUACAGAUCAAGCGCUCGUCGCAGGGUUGGCAACAACUCCCCUCGGCCCGAAUCUCCUGCCUCUGUUGCUUCAAAUGACGAGCUCACUCUCGAUCAACUAAAAAAGAAGAUUAAGGAGAAGGAGGUUCUUUUGGAUGCCAUGGACUUUGCUGAUGAGAAGAACCUUGAGGAGGAUGACAUUCUCGAUCGCCGUGACCGACGUGAGGCCGACGAGCUUUAUCGCCGCAUUCGUCGCAUUCAAGAGGACAUUGAUUCUCACCCUGACGCCGCCCUGGCAAGCGGAGAUUCUGAGGCUGAGCGACGAACUCUUAAGCGCCAGCUCCAGAACCUCACUGAUAAGGUUCCCGAGCUUGCUUCUCAGGUAAGAAGAACUGAGAAGGCUAUCAUGGACGCUAGACUGGAACUCUUCCGUAUCAAAGAUGCCAAGGCCCAUCCUAAUAGCGGUGCUCCUAUUGUUGGAACCGGACCUGGCGGUACUGUAACAGAGUCAGAUCGUCUCAAGGCUAGAGCCAAGGCCAUGAUGCAGCAACGAACUGCUGCUCUGACCGGCAAGAAGGUCGACGUUGGUACUGAGGACGUCGAUGCGCCCAAACGACUUGAGGAGGAGAGUAUCAAGGUCAAGAACGAAAAGGAGAGUAACGAGCGCAUGGUCCGUGAUGUUGAGGAGAGCGUUCGAGACUUCGCCCGUGGCAUCGAGGACAGCCUGAAGGAGGGCGGUCGUGACAACACUAGUGAGCAUGAGAAGCGCCGCUGGGAGGAUGCACUUGGAGUAGAGGAUGAAGUUCGCGACUUCAUCUUCGAUCUCCAGCGUGAAAGCCGCAGUGCUCGUGUUCGUGCCCAAGACAAGCGGCCUGCCAGAAGCUCUGCUCGCAGCGAGGAGCCUCGACCAGAACGUGUCGCCAGUCCCCGAGUAGAGGAGCCUGUCUCGACCUCGCGUACUUCCACGCCCACUGGAGGAUCGUACUCCGCUUACAAGACUCCUGAGGAGCGAGCCGCUUUCAUCAAGCAGCAGGCUGAGCAACGUAUGGCUGAGAGAUUGGCUGCUCUAGGAAUCAAGGCUCCCACAAAGGCCGGUGAAACAGCUGCCCAGCGUAUGGAGCGCGAGCGAGCUGAGCGAGCUGCGAAACUACGACAGGCCGAGGAGGAAGAUGCCCGUAGGGAGGCUGAUCGUCAAGCUCGUCUUGCUGAGGAGCAGGGAGGUCCCCCUCCUCCUGCUGAACAGUCCAAGGCUGAGGGCAAGAAGCAACCUCCUCCUCCACCAACCAGACACCGUGGCAAGCCUGAGGCCGACCAAGAGGCUUCAAAGAAGGCUAAUGAGGAAGCUGCUGCCAAGCAGGCUGAGGAGGAGAGACUUGCUGCCAAGCACGAGGAGCAACAGCGCGAGACACAAAGGAUGGAGGAAGAUGCAAAGGAACAGGAGGACGACCUUGCUAAGGAACGGGAGGCUUCUGAAGCCCGUCUCAAGGCACUGGAGGAGCAAGUGAAGCAAGGCAAGCUCCGUAAGGAAGAAGAGAAGAAGCGAAAGAAGGCUGCCAUGGCCGAGGCUAAGGACAAGGAGGCAAAGCUUGCUGCUAGACGGGCUGAGAUUGAGGCUGCCCGCCAGCGUGAGCUUGAACUUCAACGUCAGCUUGAGUCUAUGGAAGAUGAUGAUAGUUCAUCUGAUGAGGAUGAAGGUCCUCAGCAGAUCACUCCUCAGGCUUCCACGCCUACAAGAAGCGACAGCCAAGUGGCUAGUCAGGAGGAGGACAAGAAGGCCUCACCGCCGCCUGCUGAGGCUGUUUCAUCUCCUCCUCCCCCGACAGUCAUUACAUCGCCACCUAGCGAGACUGAGAGUAAGAACCCAUUCUUCAGGAUGAUGUCUCAGUCAAACGAGAGUGCACCGGCUGCUACUUCUCCAGCGCCUGCUGCGCCAGCACCUUCGGCCACAAACCCCUUCCAUAGGAUGACACAGAACCAAGAGGCCAGGCCUCCCUCUGCUCCGGUUUCUCGCCGCCGUGCAGACACGGACGAUUGGGGCUCUGACAACGACGAUAAGGACGACGAUUCCGACGACGAGCGACCUGGUGGUGGAAGUGCAGCCCAGCUGGCCUCUAUGCUGUUCGGCACCAUGGCACCUCCUCGUCCUCUGUCAGCAGCGGGUAGAGAAUCGGCAACGAACAGUCCUGCUCAGACUUCUGCUUGGGCUAGCACGCCUCCUCCCGCCCCUCCGGCGCCGAACGACGACGGUGGAGCUCCGGUAUCUUCACCUCCACCUCCUCCGCCUCCUCCACCGAUGCCCAGCAGUGAUACGCCCAGUGCUCCUCCUCCGCCACCUCCCAUGCCCGGAAGCGACGCCCCUUCGGCUCCGCCACCUCCACCACCCCCGAUGCCAUCAGCUGGUGCACCCCCUCCUCCUCCCCCUCCUAUGGGCGGCGCUCCUCCUCCUCCACCACCUCCCGGCGAUGCGCCUGCUCCUCCUUCCGGUGGUGGUCGACCCGCUGGGUUCCUGAGCGAGAUCCAGAUGGGCAGGUCUCUCAAGAAGACCAAAACCAAAGACAGCAGCGCAGCCGCGGUCGCCGGACGAGUUUUGGAAUAG